UGUUGAUAUCAAUAUGGCGGUUGUCAGCCAGACAAAGACAGUCAGUCUGAUGUGAUUGAGACAAGGGAGGUUUUCAGGGGGAGACUGGGAGAUAGGGGCCUCCCCUCCCCCUUCCCCUCCUCCCACGCCGGCCUCCACCCCCUUCCCCAGCCCCCCUCCCGCCGGGGACCCGGUGCGGAAGACACCCCUCCCCCUCUACCUCAGCCCUUCUUCUUGGGACGUUGGGGAGGGGGUUGCCCGCGAGGCGGAGAGAGAACUCAACCAGGCUCCUGAGGUCUCAGGCUCAGCAAUUUGGGUGUUCUCUCCCUCACGAAAAGCCUGCAUCACACGCUACUGCUACUGCUGCUGCUGCUGCUGCUGCAGAAUGGUAAAUAACGCUGGCAGACUUCAAGAAGCAUUUUGACUUCCCCUCCUCAUGUAAAGUAUGCUCAGUUCCUUUCCAGUGGUUUUGCUGGAAACCAUGUCUCACUACACAGAUGAACCCAGAUUUACUAUAGAGCAAAUAGAUCUGCUUCAGCGCCUUCGACGUACUGGAAUGACCAAACAUGAAAUUCUCCACGCUUUGGAAACUUUAGAUCGUCUUGAUCAAGAGCAUAAUGACAAAUUUGGGAGAAGGCCCAGCUAUGGAGGUGGUUCCUAUGGAAAUAGUACCAACAAUGUCCCUGCAUCUUCCUCUACAGCUACAGCUUCCACACAGACCCAACAUUCGGGGAUGUCCCCAUCACCCAGCAACAGUUAUGACACUUCCCCACAACCUUGUACUACCAAUCAAAAUGGGAGGGAAAGUAAUGAAAGGCUAUCUACUUCAAAUGGAAAGAUGUCUCCCACUCGUUAUCAUGCAAACAGUAUGGGUCAGAGAUCAUACAGUUUUGAAGCCUCAGAAGAGGACCUAGAUGUAGAUGAUAAAGUGGAGGAAUUAAUGAGGCGGGACAGUAGCGUGAUAAAAGAGGAAAUCAAAGCUUUUCUUGCCAAUCGGAGGAUUUCCCAAGCAGUUGUUGCACAGGUAACAGGUAUCAGUCAGAGCCGGAUUUCCCAUUGGCUGUUGCAGCAGGGGUCAGACUUGAGUGAACAGAAGAAAAGGGCAUUUUAUCGAUGGUACCAGCUUGAGAAGACAAACCCUGGUGCUACCCUAAGUAUGAGGCCUGCUCCCAUUCCAGUAGAAGACCCAGAGUGGAGACAGACACCUCCCCCAGUCACUGCAACAUCUGGCACCUUCAGACUACGUCGAGGUAGUCGAUUUACUUGGAGAAAAGAGUGCCUGGCUGUCAUGGAAAGUUAUUUCAAUGAGAAUCAGUAUCCCGAUGAGGCAAAGAGAGAAGAAAUUGCCAAUGCCUGCAAUGCUGUCAUACAGAAGCCAGGCAAAAAGCUGUCUGACCUGGAACGAGUCACUUCCCUCAAAGUCUACAACUGGUUUGCCAACAGAAGGAAGGAGAUCAAGAGAAGAGCCAAUAUCGAAGCAGCAAUCCUGGAGAGUCAUGGGAUAGAUGUACAGAGUCCAGGAGGCCAUUCCAACAGUGACGAUGUAGAUGGAAAUGACUACUCAGAGCAGGACACUUGGCAAGUACGCAAUGGGGAGGAGGAGGAGGGACGAAGUUCUGAGGGAGGCAGAGAAGCAGAGAAGGAUGACAGCACUAGCCAUAGUGACCACCAAGACCCCAUCUCAUUGGCUGUGGAAAUGGCAGCAGUCAACCAUACCAUCUUGGCCCUGGCCCGGCAAGGAGCCAAUGAGAUCAAGACAGAGGCCCUGGAUGAUGACUGACUGACUGAUAGAGGGAGGGUCGAACACAAGAAGUUAACUUAGUUUUAGACGUAGCACCUUAGCAGACUUUCCUCGGUCCUUAAUAUGUGUUCUUACAGUAUAACUUUGCAGUUUCUUGUAUGUCAGUUAGCUGUUAGGGUCUUGUUCUGUGAAGAUGGCAUGGUGCCCUCAGCCUUUGCAUAUACUCUCUCAGUAUUAAUUCCCAGUAAAUAAUAACCAAUCAACCAACCAACCAAACUUCCCUCUCCCAGCCCCUGUGGCUCGAAAAUCUUGCUGCUCUGUUCUGUCUUAGCAUUCCAAGAAAGUGCUUCCAGGUAUUUUAGAUAGGCCUUGAUUUUCAAAUAUUAGACUACAUGUAAAAUCUCGGAUAACCUUAGAUAUCAUGUCACACUAGUCUAUCUACCCUUCUUUCCUUCUCUAAGACUGAAAGGAUGCAAGCUGAGGUAGUGUGGCACAGGAUUGACAGACACCAUUUGGGAGUAUCCGCAAAGAGUAAAAAGAACACUACAAUCCCCACCUCCGUGUGAGAAUAAUGGAUUUCCAGCUGCAAUAAGCCGUGCCUCAUUAUAGUCACACUGUGGCUAGAUUAUACUUCUCUGGGUGCUGUGCUAAGAAUGUCAAUGGGAAAACAUAUUCGCAGAUUUUGGUUGAUGUUAACAUGCCCAAUACAGACAUCCUCUCCUAUCACAAGCUCUGUGACUUAGUGGAUAAAAUACUGCCUUCUGCCUUUGGGACCAUGUUAAAAGCCCAGCCUGAGAGCAUUGGGGAAAAGGAGCUGAAUGUCUAAUGGAGGCUAAGUUUACUUCUUAGAACCACUAUACAUUAUGGGCACAGCUACUAGUGCCUGACCGGAAAAGAUCCAGGAUUCACCCUCAAAGUUGCAUUACCCUUCCCUUGCCACCAAAAAAAAAAAAAAUUAAAAACAGAAGCUCUCAAGGAUGGGAUUGAAGGUCACAAAUGAAUGAAUGGGCUUAUAACUUUGUCUUUGUAACUCUUGCCUGCAACCUACAAAGUAAGAAUAUUUGAUAGAGGACUUGACUACAACAGUUAUAUGGGGGAUCAUAAAUGCAAAUACUCACAUAUGAGCAGGAAAAAGGCAGGGGAUCAUUUACCACUUACAUUGUAGGAGAUAUAAUGGGAUGUGACUGCUUUGGUGUUCUUUACUCUGUCCUUGUAAAGGUAUGAGAAAAAGCUAUACUGCCACAGGCAAUUUAAUUAAUAAUUGGAAGCCAUAUUGAUAAUGGAUGUGGUAAUAUUUGUAAAGUUUAAUCUACUUUAAGCAGCAGUAACUAAUGGAAUUUUUUCCUUGAUCACAUAUGUAGCACUUUUGUUACUUUUUAAAGAUAUUUAUAUUUGAUAAAUCCUUUUUUCGUUUUAAGAAUUCAAAAUACCAAACAGUGAACUUGCAUUAUAGAGUCACCCUGCAAUCACCUUGUCAUCUAAUAGUAAAAUGAUGAACUAUCCAUGCAUCGAAGAAAAUUACAUCUGCUGGCAUUGUCUGAAAAUGAUCUCCUGGUGUCCCGAUUAAAUGACAUCGUGUCAUAGCCGGUAAGAGGAAACAGCAUAGGAUGUGUCUGAAUCAGGCACGAGUGCUGCUGUUUUCUGCCUCGAUCCAUCUUUUAUCUCCAUGUACAAUAAAACCUUGUUUAAUGGGGAAUAAGAGGCUAGCUGUUAAGCAGGGCUUCUAUAUCUUUUGUUCUUCACAUGAACUAUUUCCAAUAGGGAGUGAAGGUGCCAUUUCUUCUCUUCCUCUUUUCUCUGUCCCCUCCCCCUUCCCACACAAAUAUCUUGAACUUCAAACCAUUACUAGAGAGACUGAACUCCCUUAUUUUCUCCUUUUCUUUUUCCUUUGAGUGGAGUUCUUGAGCAUCAUCAAGUUUUCAGCCAGUAUUCCCAUUAAGAUCCACACUAACCAAAUCAUCUCUUCCUCUUCCAGUCUUGCUAGCUAAGUGUGAGUAGGAAUCAGCACUUUCCGAAGACAUGAAGUUCACAUCUAUCCAUGUUUUUGAAGAGCUCUAUUUCAGGGGAAAAUAUAUGUGCUUUUCGCAGAUGUGGACAACAGAAAUAAAAUAAAACUAUUUCCCCCUUUUGAUUUAUAUUACUUGAAUAGGCAAAUUUGAGUAGCAUGACUUAUGCUCAGGAAUGAAAUCAUUUGAUCCCACCACCAAUCUUCUUUCUUAGUUUGUGAGUCUUUCUUUGUUCUCUCCUCUUUUUAUUUUUCACUGAAGAAAUCUAACAAAUUGUAGCUUUUUUAUUUUGGGUAGAAUUUUUUUAUGCUUAUUCUCCAGUUGAGUCAGAGAGAAAAGGACAGAGAGAAGACACUCUCUGACAAGCAGCAUCUCUGAUUUAUUGUAAGGAGAUUAUGAUAAUUGAUAGCUUCUUUAUGUUGGGGCUGUACUAUCAUUUGUUCUUCCUCUUUCUUUUCAUGGAACAGACUCAAACUGUUAAGACAGCUGCAGUUUCUAAAGAAAUACAUUGGUUGCCAUAGCUUAUCAGAAAGGUUGCAUUGUUUUAAAGAAUGAAGGAGAAAACACCCUUCAGAGAAUAAAGGGGAGUUUAUGAUGUCUCAGAAGUGCAACACCAGUUCUUUCUGUGCCUCUGGCAACAUGCUAAAAUUGAGGAAAAGUUUCCAUGUAGGACAGAUAAGUAACAAGGGUCUUCUUAUGCUCCUGAGGAGGGCUACAGAAGAGGAAAAGGAAGACUCCAACCACAGACUUCUUAAACACGUGGAGUUGGAAGGGGACCUUAGGAAUUAUUGAGACCAACUCUGAUUUUACAUGUGAAGAAAGAUAGAAGUGAGUUGCCCAAGAUCAUGCAGGUAUUAAAUAGAGCCAGGAUUUGACCUCAGGCCACCUGACUCCAAAACCAAUCUUCUUGUUACUACACCAUGCUGCCUCUCCUCUUUAUUGAACAAGGGAAGAAUAUGGUAACUAAAGAAACACUGAAACGAAUUAACAAUGCCAGCCUACUCUUAGCCAUCACAUUUCUGCCUGAAUUAAAGAAUAACUUCCUUUGUAUCCAGAUUCAUCCUUAACCCAGAUUCCUUGUUUGCCAUAAGUUUGAAUUCUGCUCUUUUAUCCAAGCUACUGUAGUUCUUCGGUGAAGUUCUUAUUUAGAUUUGACUUCUAAUCCUCUGGGUUGUGGAUUUUGGGGUUGUCCUCUCCCACCCCCUACCCCCCCCCAGGGUUUUGAAAGCCAUCAGAAAUUUUGUUUAGAUCCUAACCUUUUUUAUUCUUAAGGGUGUUGUUCAAGCAUACCCAUUGCUCUAAGAACACCUAUUUGUUUCAUCCCUUUGGGUAUCCUUUAUCUUCCUUUUCUGGUCUACUGGCCUUUUCUUUCCAAAUCAUACACUAUACUUCAAGCCCCUAAAGGAAGUUCUCAAGGUCUCUGCUCCUUCCUGCUAAUGGAAGAAGUCGAAAGUCCCUUGCCACCAUUUGUUUAUCUGCUCUUCUUACAAGAACACUAGACUCACCACAGAUGAGUAAGUUGUCCAUGUUUUUGGCAACCCUGUGAGAAUCUUGUAAAGACCCUUCCUAACUAAUUUUCUACCCACCCCUCAAAGGAGCAAUACUAAAUAUACACAUCUGAGACCCCAUGUUUUUAUUUCUAAAACACUUACACAACCUAGCUCACUUCAGUAUUACUUCUAUCCCAGGGAGAACUACUAAGGAAAGUUUUAGUCUUCCAAUUCUAGAAACUUUCAACAGUUGUUUGGUUUCUUUGUUAUAUGUUGGGGAGAGGCAUGUCAUUUGAGCCACGGGAUCCGGACAAUUUCUACAGUUACCUCAUGUCACAAAAUAGAUGCACUAUAGAAGAUGAAAGGACACUCCAUGGAUGGUGACAGUGAAAAUGAGCCCAGGUCCAGGGGUCUGGGACAAGGAGAAGUGAAAAGGACCCAGGGCAAGCAGCAAAGGAAUCCCUUUCAACUUGUGUUUCACUAUAGUCCAAUACAGUUUAUUAAUUAGAGUGAAAUAUGAGAUCCUCAGUGUGAGGGCAAUCUCACAAUAGUAGGUUUAUUGUGUUGGACUUUGUGUCCAGCCCUUAAACUCUUCACUCAGCAUUGUGAAUUUGAUUUUAACAUUAUCUUCCUCGUGGGUGACAACUGUUUUACAUAUUGGCUAAAAAAAUAUUCACAGUAAUAUAGCGAUAUCUUUUGGUCCUCAUCUCAAGUAACUAGAGUCUUGGUGAUAAGUUGCUCAGCAAUAGCAGGCAUUUCUGAUGCUAUAGAAUUUGAAUGAGGAUUCUUUUUAAAUUUCAAGUGAACUGUGUUUUAGUGUGGGGUAGUGGAGGUGUUCAUUAGGCUCAAGUAUAGAAAUCUGAUCUCAACAGCACCAGGAGAUUCAUAUUGACAGGCAGUCAGUCUAUCAAGCAAUCAAUCAGCAAGCAUUGAUCCACCUGUGUUGUGCCAAGAUAUCUUGAUGUAUUUUCACCUUGAAGGAAAAACAAAAGAUUUCAGCAAGAUUUUCAGCUUCCAAGUUUUGACAUUUGUCUUUGACAGGUUUUAGCGGCUCCCUCAGCAUAGUCCAGCACACUAACCCUGGCAGGCACUAGGUGUCAAGCAAACAUUAAAGUUAAACUCAUUAUCCUCUGUCCCUUUUGUCCUCCCUGUUUCAGCACUGAGCUCCACCUUCAACCCCAAUUGCUCUUUAGCUCUGUCCACCUGUAGGCUGGGCAAAUGGUCAGAUUCCUGUGCUGGUCCAUUCCUGUCUGAUCAUUCUCUCUCCUCAUUUUAUUAUCCAGGAUUGUCAAACUCUUUUUGGACUCAUGCCUCCAAGCAGAGAAAUGUCCCUCUUCACAAAUGAUCUUUUCCCAAAAAAAAUUAGCAUUGAAUUCCCGGUUCUCUUCUCAUGUUUGGUUAGAAGAGCUUUUCACAUUUCACACACUGCCAUGCCCUUAACUGCUUUCUUGUUUUCUUCAGAGGACACACAUAGCUUUCUUUUCUCACCUCUCGUGUGUCUCUGUCUCUGUCUUUUUCCCUUUUUUGCAACAAGUCUCAACAAACUCUUAGGCAAUAACUUUUACUUGUUGGUUCUGCUCUCCGUAGCAAAGUUGUCAUUGACAGGUCCUGAUCUUCUAUGUUGUGCGUUGGAUAUAUGUCUUGGGCUCUGCACGUGAACCAAAUUAUCAUGCCAGAGCAGUGGUGGGGUUUUGUGUCAUUUUGAGUUAUUUUUGUUUGUAAUUGUUAAUGUUUGACUACUGUCUUCAUUGGGGCUGAAGUAAGACCAGCCAAAUCCAUAUAUAGCUUUACUGAGCCGGAUUUGUUUGUCAGGUUUUCCCAGGUAAAAAGUUUGAUGCAGUGACCAGCUCCUACUGUGUAGUUUAUUGCAUUUAAAGCAGGGGUGUGGGUGGGGACUGCACACGGGAAGCAUUCCUUUUUGUGUCCCUUAAUUGCCAGGUUGUUUACUCAGGAUUUGGGGGUCAGUUGUCAGCCAAAGAGAAUUUGGCAAACUGAGCUGCAUGAUCCAAACUCCUUUCUCAGUUUUUCUAUCGUCUGAUUUACAGUCUCCAGUAAUGCCUGAUUUAUCGCAUUUAAAGGUAUUGUGCACUAAUGAGAAUGGAAGGUUUUCCAGAGGAGGCAUCUGUGAAUGGCAACAAUCCCUCAAUUUGACAGUUGCUUUCAGGUAGGAAGCAUCCUUGUCCAGCCAUGGGUUCCUUCCUUCUAUUCUGUAAUGUCUUAUGUUUCAUAAACAUAUGAUAGUCAUUAUUCAUCCUUUACCUCAAUAAGGGAUGUGUAACAUUUCAGAAGAGGGAUUUCUGUAGUAAUUUUUGUAAUGUAGUUUAUAACUAGAGCAGUAGAGAGGCCUUAUGAGGACAUGAAAUGAGACCAACAAGUACACUUUCAAUGUAUUGACCUCAAUUCAUUUUUUGGAGGAGUAAAGAGAAUGAAGUGUGAAGGCUUGUCAUCUGAGAAAUCAGCUUCCUAUAAUUUUGGUUGUAUUUUUUCCCUUUAUUCUACAGACAUAGGAACAUUCCAAGAGAGACUAUACAUACACACAGGUGUUUUACACUUUUAUUGUUUCUUAUCCAAGUAUUCAGUGGGCAUAAUAGAGGUGAGAUAGGGCUACAUGUCCCUAGCCCUAUGCAUCUCUUCUCCUAUACACCACACCAUACAAUUGUGGUCACCUAAGAAGCUAAAUUAAUAUAAUUUUUUUCUUGUAAGCCUCCUUCUUUCAUCAAUAAAAUUUGAGGAGAAACUCUGUAUUUUUCCAUCUUCUUUUUAUGACAAGCUCUUUGAUUUCUCCAAAACCAUCUGAAUGGUAACUGGAAGCUGAUCCAAUGCCCUUUUAGCUGUUUUCUGGUAGUUGUGGUGCCAUCUAGAUGAUAGAAAUGGGUGCAAGCAUGCUGGCCAGAAGUGCAAAAUUACUUUGAUUGUGUGUGUGUGUGUGUGUGUGUGUGUGUGUGUGUGUGUACCACCAACACGGUUCUUUGUGAAUACACAGUAUUGAGGUAUACUCUACUUGGACUUAAUUUUCCUUUUCUUGCCCUUUUCAAAUUAAAAGUGGAUGGAUGAUGCCGUAAGUUAUUCUUCAACUCAUAUUGAUGUGUGAUCAGAUGAGGGUUUGGCUGAGUCUUUUCAAACUGUAACCAUGGUAAUUGGUUGGGUAGAAUGAAUACAUAAAAAUAUAAUGAUAAUUGUUCUGAAUGACUGGGUGUCCUUUUGACAUGUAAUUAGCUGUUUUAGCAAGAUGUAGAUUGGCAUGGUCAUAAUUAAAAGGAUUUCUGUCCUUUAUGGGCGUGAAAACAGCAGAUUUCUCAUUCCCUACUUCUGUUUUAGCACUAAUGUUCUCAGGAACAUUUGGAAUAGCAACUCAGUCAGAUAAUGACAUGGAAUUCAUGUUCCUCCAUGAUGAAAAGAGGAGGAUUUCAAUUUGAUUUUCCUUCAGCCAAAAUAAAUGUCUUUACUUUAUAGUCCCCCAUUCACCUCUUAGAUUAUUUGCAAGCCAUUCACUUCUUAUUUCUUUUUUUUAACAAGUGAAUUCUACCAGUUAUUUUUUUUAUUUUUUAUUUAUUUAGCAUUUUAUUUUUCCCCAGUUACAUGUAAAGACAAUUUUAUUAUCCACUUUAAAAACUUUGUGUUCCAAAUUCUCUUCCUUCCUCCUUCCUACCCCCUCCUUUAAGAAGAUAGGCAAUUCAAUAUAAAUUAUACGUGCAUUCAUUUAUUAUUUCAACUCUAUUUACCUUAUAAUUGAUUAUAGCUUUGACUGGGCAUAAUCCAUAGCCAGACCCCUUAAGUAAGUCACUAGUAGCCAGCCACUCAUAAGAUCAAACCAGUUACUUUUUUGCUGGGACCUUAUGUUUGUUUGACAUAAAGGAGUUUCUGCCUUGCUAAAAUUCCCAUCUUAGAACUUCUAGCUCAUGCUCCAUAGACAGCUAUUUUAUAUUUUAGUCAUCAUCAGAAAUUAUUUGAGAACCAACUCAUUCAUUAAAUAAAAUAUAUUUCUCCUAAGAGACAUAACUGAUAUAAACAACAGAAGGAACUGAUAUACCAUACAGAAGGAACACAAAUGGAUUUUCCAUAGCUUCUCUUUUCUAAUCUAAGAGUAAAUUUCUAAUGUCUAAUUAUAGACCCUUAAUUUUUUGUUUGAAUCUUCCCUAUUUUCUUACCCUACUGUUUCCUUACCUUUUCCUCCUUUUUUCUUUCUUCCUUUCCCCACAGAAAAAAUGUUCAGCUUACAUCUUGAGUAGGAUCAGGAGCUAUGGCCUUGUGCUGGGAAAGGUACAAACUAAUCUUUGAGCCACCCCUUCUUCUACCAGGAUAUCAAAUUUUCAUUAAAGUGUGAAAUAGGAAUAUCUUUUAAGGCUUAUUGGUAAGGUGCCAUCUCCCAAAUAAUUGGUUUCUCCAUGCUUUUGGUGUUGCUUUGCCAAUUGCUUCUUAUAAUGUCUUCAUCUGAUAGAAGUUUAGCACCCCUCAGUGAUGUCAGAAUCUACCCAGAAGCCUCCAUCUUGGGGGAAUAAUUUUAAGAUUCUGACAAGACUGAGGCAGCCAUGGACAAAAGAGUGAAGUAGACCCUUUUCUGCCAAUCUCUGAUAUCCAGUGUGUUCUCUUCAUCUCCUCCUUCAAAACCUACUUUGAAAUCAUUUCCUCAUUCUGAAAUAGAACUGUUGGCUAAUAACUUAGAGUGUUGUCCUCUCAAGGAUCUUUGCAUUUGGACUUUAAUCGAAGGCUUGAAGGAAUAAACUUCUACCUUGGGAGGAUUUGGGUGAUGAGAAGGGCCCUCUGUGUGCCUCCAAAGCCCAGUUUCAUUUUCUUAAAUGCUUAUAUUAGAUCUUUGCUUAGAAAGUGACUGAUUGAUUCCCAUAUGUUUCUGAGGGUUUGUUGUUUUUGUUGUUGUUGGGUGGGUUUUUUUUGGGGGGGGGGGUAGACAUGGUCUUGUAUACUUUAGCUUGGAUGACCCAACAGUUAUUGUGUCAGCCUCUAGGGAAUAUAAAAGAUCCUCAGGUAUGGUGGGUCUUGUUGCUUCUUCUUUAACAAAUUUUUCUUUCUUACACCAAGAGUGAGAAAAAAUCCUCACUUAACCUAAAAAUUUCUGGAUGAAAUUCUAAAUUAUGGGAAUAUUGAGGUUUACUGUAAAAUUGUAUGGAGACUGUCAUGGACUAUUGCUCAUUAGCUUUUUCAGCCUAACCAUAUUCUUAGAACAUUAAUCAGCUAUGUGGUUUGAGCAGGUCAGGCUGUAGAUUCCCAUCGAGGCUUCUUACAUGAAGCUCCCAUUCCUUAAAGAGCUGCAUAGCAUCUGUUUUCAAACAUAAGUAUAGUCACUGGGGCUUUUGUUUUAUUUUUUCCAAAGAAACACUAGAAACUAGUGCUCAGAAUCAUUCUUCAUCUCUUUCUGCCAAUUGGAGUCAGCAUGGUUUUAUGACCACUAAGAGAAAGCAGUCUGUUUUCUAGUUUUUCCCAGAUGUGGAAAGAAGCAAGUGUUUAAAUAUUUCCAUUAGAAUUUACAGUAUGGCUAAAGAUUAGGUUUUCUGAAGUCUGAAUCGAGGAGUAAAAUUCUAUGAGUUGUGAGACAACCCUGAUUAUCUCUUUAGUAUUCAAAAGAAAUAGAAUUGACACUACAGUGAAAACCUUCCAACAUGGUCUGAUAUUCUAGUGAUCAAAAUUAAAGAAGUGCUUUAAGGUAUAGGAAAGGACUUGAGCUAAAGAUCUGUUCCUUCUUCAUUCCCCUGUCUUAAUGUACUUAAGCUUUUCCACCUAAGUCUUUGCCACACGAUCCUGUGGCUACUCCUUUCCCUGCCCCACCCCCAUGCAUCAGAAUUAGGGCAAAAACUGGCAUUACAUCCCAAGAAGGUCUGUUUUCCUAAAAUUUAAAAUCAUGAGGAACGGUUGAUACUAUAAUGUUUUUUUAUCCCAAAACAUAAAAUUUUGAUUCUUCUUCCUAGUUAAGGCUGGUGACAGAAGUGGAAUUAUUUAUUCCUUUCUCAUUAAAAAUCUCCUGAAAUUUGCUUUACCAUGUACUUGCAUUAUAUGUACCUUUUCAAUCUCUUAUAAGAAUAUAAAAGGAUAAAAGUUACCAGGAAGUAAUUUUUGCUCAACAAAAUAAAAAACUAUUGAACAGUUAGAGCCAUUCAGUAAUAGAAUGGGAUGCUUCCGAUAGAAGUGAGCUACUUGUCAUCUGACAUGUACAAGUGUGGCUUAAUGAUCAUCUGUCAGGGAUGUCAUAGAGGGAUUUAUAUACUAGUUCAAAGGUUGUACCAAAUGACCUCUCAGUAUCAAUUCUGAGUUCUCUGAUUUUACAAUGGUACAGUCAUAUUUCUUCCCAUCUCCCUUUCCCCAUAUAUGUUUCCUCCCCUCUCAGGAAUAUAAACAGUUAAUUUUAGUUAGCUAGUCAGUUAAAUCUUACAUCCCUCUUUUCUUGAAUCCAAGAAUUUGAAUACACUUUGAGGAGCUUUUGCAUUGACUGAUGGAAAAUGCCAACCAACUGUUUGCAAUGUUAGGAUAGUCUCUGACUGAAACAGUGCUAAAUGGAGGAGCGGGUUGGUGCAGAGGUACUCAACAACCCUGAUAGAUAGUUUUUACCGCUAGUGGUAUUUGGACUGUGUCCUCAUUAGAAAACUCAAACAACAAAACAUGGAAGUAGAUCCUCUUUUGUUUUCUACAGAGCCAGUCUUUGAGCUGUACAGGGUGGCAGGGCAUUUCAGGAGAAGUAAAUUCUCUCUUUCCUAACCAUUUACACAGCUUCACCAAGAAGUUACAUAUGGAUUCCAUAAAAAAGAUACUUAAAAGAGAUGACUGCCCUGGCCCAAGUUUAAUUCUUUGCUUUAUAACUGCUUCAAUUCCCAAUCAGCUCUCUCCAGGUCAUACUAUAAAUUGUAGUGGUCUUGUGGCUUCUUUGAAUCAUUAAAACCUCUCACUUUUCUUUGAGGGCUUAGAGCCCAGCAGAAACUUGGAAGGAUGAUUUUUCCAGCUUAUCAUUCACUUAUGCUGUUUAGCCCGGACAAGAAGACCACACCAGUGCUUUAUUCAUGUAAACAAUAGCUGUUUGACUGACAUUAUGUUGAAUUUUUGUGUUCUAGUGCCAGAUUCAGUGCCCGCCUGUGUGUGUGUGUGUGUGUGUGUGUAUGCGUGUAUGUAUGUGUAUGUUAAAGAAAGAGAAAGAAACAAAGACAGUGUACAGUUGCUUUUUGUAUUAAAGUCAAAUAAUUAGCAUCAUUUGGUCAGGAAAGCUGGGUUUCAAUGUGCCAGUGUCAGUGAACCCAUGUACUAUUUCCUUGUGCUACUAGUAAUGCACAUCAGUGUACCAAAAAUAAAUUUCUGUCUUUCAGGAGAGUUGCAUUUUCAAAAUUUGGGAAACUCUCAUGACGUGACUUCAGAACCAUACUUGCUUUUACUGGAUUGCACCUCUUUGAAAGGCCAUUUUCUUUUCCAGCAGCAUCUUUCCCAGUGAUGCUCCAUGCUAGCCUGUUUCAUACCCCUCCUUCUCUCAUAAAUGAAUCUUCUUGUGUUCCAGAUAGAAUUGUCCCUAAUUCUACUCUUGAGCCCAUCCUGCUGCUUAAUGGGGUUCCCACUACAGCUAAAAGUAAGCUUCCCACAUAAGACACAGGGAAUCAUCAGUUUUUCGUGAAAGAGUUCUGGACCCAGCACCUGAGUCAACAUAGUAUUUGUCUCUUCUGGGUUUCCUAGGGAUGCAAGAAAGCUAUCGGAGUUGGAAAUAUGCCUUCAUUGAAAGAUGCCAAGGACAUCAUAGUUGUCUCCCCUGGAAGAGCCCAUAGCCUUGUCUAAUUCCCCAUGGGCUCCCUAUCCCUUCCAUGGUCAUGACCAAGAUCAGUGUUCAGUACCUUUAAAGGAUAUAUUUUUAUUUGUUGUUGGGUUUUUUUUUUAAGUGCCUAAGCAAGUGACAUAACUCUGGAGCCCACCAGAGAAUCAGGCCUGAUUCCCUCCUCGCCCUCUCCCCUUCCCCUUUUCCCUUCCCUGGCCCAUGCACAGCCCUCCGGGCGGGUGGAGGGAAAGCACCCCCUCCACCCCAUGUCACUGGCGUUCUGCGGGCAGAACAGCUUCAAGGUCAAGCCAGCAGGAGAAAAUACGUCAUUGCUUCUUGAUGCUGGCUCUGUUUGUCAUUGUUUUGCUGUUUCUUUCAUUCAUGCAGUCAUGGUCUUGAUUCAUUGAGAACUUUUAAGGAGUCUUGUAUUGCUCAUUUAAAUCCCAGUAGCCCUCCAGUCAGGUAGAUCCACACCAUCUCCAGAGCAGAGUGGAGUCUAUCCUUUGACAGCAGUCAGAACAGCUCUGAUCCAAGAGGAUAAAUCAUAUAACUGUGAUUAUUAAACAUGAUUCAUUUAGGAUUGUUAGCACUAGAAUCGUCACUGUCUUUUCUCAUCCUCUCUAUCUAGAUUUGAAGAAGGGAGUCAGAGUUUGGCUCCAUGUAAGAAAAAAACUUGCUAACAACUGGAGUUAUCCAGAAGUAGGAUGGGCUAGCUCAGGAGGUGGUGAGUUCUUCAUCACUGGAGGUCCUCAGAGCUUAGGCUAGACAACCAUUUGGUGGGAAUAUUGUAGAGGGGAUUCCUGUUCAGGUCCUGGUUGGACUGGGUGCUCUCCAAGUUUCCAUCUAGCUUCGAGAUUCUGUGGAUCACAGUCAUUCACUGUGGCUCAAAAUACAGCCACUGGCAGGGUCUUACCAUCAAAAUCACAUGCUCAAAAGAUGAGUGUAAGGUGUCUUUAAAAAGAUAGUUUAAGUCUGAUUAAGCAAAGGGGCCUUUAUCACAUGGUGAACGUGACUGCACUUGAUUCAAAUCCCAUAACAAAACACCUCUUGGACAAUUUGUUCUUAAAAGGUUUGAAAGAAAUGGAACAAUUGUUGUCUAGACACCAGUCUUCAUGGAUGAGCAUUUUUGCUCUGAUGGUGCAGUCACCCGCAAACACAGGACACCAUCAAGUUAAUAAGCAAAGGCAACAUUACAGGUGGUAUUUCUGCUUUGGAUGGAAUGUCACCUGGCUUACUGCUAGAGAAAUGAUCAAAUUGGAGAAAUAGCAUCGUGGUAAUAGAAACAAGGCCUUCCUGGAGCCCAGAAACCAACCAGGACAGUUUGUCAGUGCACUGUCACUUGAGUCUCCAGAUGCUCUUUUUACUGGCUUUACUAAGUGCUUAUCAAUUACCCUGGCUGUAAUUGACAAGACAUGAAUGUUGGCGAGAAUGUGGGGAACAGGGGAGAAAUGACAAUGAAAUGCAAUUAGAGGAGGGAAAGGAAUCCCGGCUUCCGUUCACUUAACUGGACUUGGACACUCCAUAAAAAGCAGAGGGGGAGGGGAAUUGUUUCCGUUGCCGAACGUUGCGCAGCUUUGUUUUAAUGUCUCCUAGUAGGGGUGGGAACUAGCUGGCACAGCAAGUUAGAAAAUGGAAAGCAAAUGUAAUGGUUGUAAUUGGAUCAGACACCAUAGGCCCGAUGACUGAGGAUUGAUUGCCUGAAAGUAUUUUGCAUUCGCCAAACAGUCGUACGACUAGGAUGACCUGUGUUGAGUCAUUGCCAGGUAGAUUGAGGGGGGGAAAGGAUUUCCCCCUUCCCCCUGCCCUGGCCGUUUGUGUGUUUCAUGUUUUUGUGUUUCCAUUUGGGAGUCUCCUAGUCUUUGUUCUCCAUAUCUUGUACACCAUGUGUCCCUGAGGGCAAAUCACACCUGUGUCUGAGUCUGCUGUAAGGUGUUCAGUCUACCUCAAGGGGUCAACAUGGUAUGCUCUAGUCCACACACACAAUCCUUUUUACAUUACCACACACUGGAAUGUAUAUCUUCCCUACCCCGAUGUCUCCCCCCUUCCCUUAAAUAACCUCUUGACCUGAUCUUUCCUAUAACCACCACAAACUCCUAUUGCAAAUUGGAUGCUGCUUUAAAUGUGAAAACAAUUGUUCAAAAGCUAUAAAACCUGAAUGAAAGCUAAAGCUGAAUUUAUAAGCCUUGUUGCAUAUGAGCCAAAAGUGCAAAAAGCUCUAUAUAAUGAACUAACCUGCCACUCAUAUAAAUAUAAAUAUAUAUAAAUAUAUUAAAAUCAGACUGUUCUACAAAAUUGUGUAUUUGUAUUUUUGUGUACGUACAAUUUUCUGCUAAGCAGAAGGAGGAUGUAGUAUAGGAUGAUGUGAGAAGAGAUUUGGUUUAAUCAUAUUUCUUUGUUACUUAUUUUUGUUAACAUCCAGAUGCCUGUCUUCGUCUUCUAUGUGUAUGACACUGUUUUGAAAGCUGCAGUAUCUCUCCUCCUUAGGGCCAGAGGCCUUUACAGACUGAAACUUGGGGUUUAGAGAGUUACUGAGGUCACAAAAAGCAAAGAAGUCAGUGGCACCCUUUGACCAAGCUCAGUUCCUGGAAGGUCCGUUUGUUGAACAAAAGUUGCCUAGAUGUAACUCUUGGUUGGUAGAGGAGCUUGGUUGCAGAACUGGAUUGAGGGCCCAACGAACUAGUCCAGCUGCUUUCUGGGGAUUGGCACAAAAUGCCUCUGAAGCAGGACUCCAUCAUACAAACCCCGAGAGAGCAAGAGCCUUUGCAACAUGCAUCGUCCAAUGGACCCACCAAGCACUGGAGAUAGGACGUCACCAUGCUCUAGGGACGGGGCCUCCUAGUUUGGCAACACAAGGUCGGCCCUCAAAAGGUGGCCCAGGCCCCCAGCUUGGUGACACUUUUCUGAUAAGUGACCACAGUUUUCCUUUGAGAGUUUCACUUCCUUUUCCUAUCUGGAUACCAAAAAGACUACUCAGGCUGAGUGGGUGAUGUUUGUCAUCCUAAAGAACCGUGCUGCAAAUCUCUUGAAAUCCAGGGAGGGCAGAAAAGCCACUGAAAGUUUCCCACACUAAAAUACAUGAAGUGGAUGAAAUGGCAGGAAGGACUGCCAGGUAAAACCAAGAGUUCAGGUUCGAAGCAAAGCCAGAUUCCACCCAGAGGCCCAUCACAGCCUUCCUGAGGAGCCACCCUGGGACCGGAUACCCCUACCCUAGAGAAGGGGGUGAAUCUGGCCCCUCUCUUCAAUUCCAUCCACACCAAAAAUUCCCCAGUGACCCCUGUAAGCGUUCAUCUGCUCUAGGGAGAGUGAUACUGCACCUUCACCUGUAGGACUCAUAUUGAUAACAAUGUGUAAUGACUGUAGCAAAAGCCCUUGUUUCUAGAUGUGAAUGGACAAGGAAACAAGCGCUCUCUUGUAUUGAUUAAAAUAGUCCCAAUGAGUCCUGUAUCAUUGUAUCUCCUAUUCUGGAUUAGUGCCUUUUGGACAGUAGACUGUUCUGUAAUUACAAUGUAGUAUAUACUGCUUUUUUGUACAGUUUUGUUUUAAUAAAACUUUUUUUUAAUUUGUGUUUAUUUUAGUAUUGUACCUAUUAGAGAAUAAAA